CAUGACUAUCUGCAGGAAUCUUAUGAUUCAUAUACAUAGUGUGAAUGUUGACUCAAAUCACGUACAAGCAAGCUGGGCCUUGGUCAAUGGGCCUGCAAGGAAAAUGGAGAUUAGGUUUAUACACAUAUGAAACCCAUCACGUUUUGUCAUUAAACGUGAAGUGCACAAGGAUUAUGACAGAGAUGUUUAGUAUAAAUAGAACCUUACCCUAAGCAUUAAUACCCUAACAGUAAUCUCUUGUAUCAAAAAAGUGUAAGACCAUGUCCAUUGCAGGGUUCUGAUCCAGUAUCCAAACAAAAAAUUAAUAUUAAAAAAUAAAAAAAAAAGAGGAAAGAGAGAAAGACAGAUCCUAAACAAGUCCUUUUUAACACCGGUUAUAAACCUUAAUUCAUCACGUGUUUCUUUUCUAGUGGCCUUAAUUUCUAUUUUGAAUUAAAAGUUAUUUAUUUCUUACAUAUGCAACGAAAAAGUGAUAAAUUUAUGAUCUAGAACCUGCAAUGGAUAUCUUACCGAUGGGGCUGCCCUAAGAGAGACAUUCUCAAAGCUUGUACUUUUCUCAGUUUAUAGUGAAGCUUGAGGAACAAGAGUUCCCUCCCCAGAAGUAACGGUUAGAGGCCGUGAACUAGGUUAAAAGUGUUUGUGUCUUUUACAGUUUAUGCUUACUCUAAAUCGGCUCCUAUGCAAUACUGCUUAUAGAAUUAUUAUAUAUUUCUUGAUUCUGAAGUGAGCGGAGAAAUUUGAGCUCUUGUACUUAGAAGGUUGGGAUAUACCGUCAUCAAACUUUUCACACUUGGACAGCUACGGUGAAAGUAACGUUUUGACAAAGUUCUAUUUUGAAAUAUAUAUAUUUGACAUUUUUUCACCCGUUGCUAAAAGCUCAAAAAAGGUUUAGGAACUUUUGCAGUAUCGUAUUAUUAAAUACUUUUGCAAAUAUGUUAAAUUUUCUUUUUAUGUCAAAUUAUCUAUAGAAACUUAUACAUAAUUGAGAAUUUAGGUGUCUCUCUCUCUUUCAUAUUACAGAUUUAUUUUAUUUGCAACAUCGUAUAAUAAAUUUAAAAAAUUUCUUUUAACGGCACCCCCAAGUUUUAGAUAUGUUUGCAAAUAUGUUAAAUUUUCUUUUUGAGUUAAAUUAUCUUUAAAGAUAGGAAACCUAUUCUUUCUUUUUUUUCCCGUAACACAUAGGAAACCUAUUCAUAUUGGGAAUUUAGGUCCUUCUCGGUUGUAGGUUAAUAAAUACUCUUUCUCUCACCCCCCAUCCCUGGCUCGCGUAUUAAAGAUUUUGAUUGAAUCACACAGUAGCUAUGGAGUGGAGAAACCUUCCAACGGAUUUGGUAGAGAAUAUACUCUCUAGGAUUCCAGCUAUGACUCUAGCAAGAUUUCGAUCAACAUCAAAACAAUGGAGCGCUAUAUUGAAAUCCACUAGCUUUGCUAAGAUGCACACUGCCAAAGCACCAAAGAGGGAGGAUGAGUCUCUGAACAUCAUGUUGAUUGAUUCUAAUGUUUUCCAAGUAAGGAUCAGUCUCGGUGCUCCAUAUGUUAAGGUUGCAAAUAAUCCAUUCUACCUUAAAGACCCCCUUUCUAAUUCUUCACAAGUUGGUGUACUUAAUGUCUUUCACUGCAACAGCUUGUUGCUAUGCACCACAAAGGACAAGAGACUCGUGGUUUGGAAUCCAUGUUCAGGGGAAACCACGUGGAUUAAACCUAGAGUCAUCUACAGAGAAUCAGACUACUAUGCUCUCGGUUACACUUACGACAGCAAAUCAUGCAGCAACCAAUAUAAAAUCUUGAGGGUGGAUCUUCAUAAAGAUGUACCACCUAAUAAUGAGUACGAGAUUUACGACUUCACCUCUAACACUUGGAGAAUUCUUGGGGUUGCUACUGAUUGGUUUUUAGCACUAUAUCGUCGUGGCAUAUCAGUGAAGGGAAAUACUUUUUGGAUUGCUACUCAAGCAUGGAGUCCACAUAACAAUUUCUUACUUAGUUUUGAUUUUUCAGCAGAGAUGUUUCAAAGUCUAUCUCUUCCUCGUCCGUUUCCGUAUAGUAUAUUGGCUUUAUCUGUGGUUAGAGAAGAGCAACUUUGUCUCUUAUCUUUAACGAAUAAGGAGUUACAAGUGUGUGUGACAACUAGUACCGGAUCAUGGAGUCAGCUCCUAGUCCUAGAUUUGACCUUUCAAUAUGAGAUAAGUAGUAGUCAGUUUUCUAAAGGGAUGAGUUUCCUGGCAGACAAGCAGAGCAAGGUUGUAAGGUGUUUGAACUCCGACAACGUCUUAUCCACUGUGCAAGAAAAUAAAGACAUACAAGUGAAUCGGCUUGGAAGAGGCAAAAGGGAAAGCAUCACGCAUGAUAAUUUUGAGUCUAGCUCAGUUCUUCUGAAUUAUGCUCCAAGUUUAACUCAAACCCAACAAGAUUAUACACGCAAAAGGAAAUCACCAAGUACGUGACUUGUGAUUGUCACACUAAUCUAAAUAUAUAAGUCUCUCUUUCCUUCUAUGUUGUUUUGUUUUUGAGUUUUUUCUAGGACUUGUCAAAUUUUUCGUUCCAUCUAUCUAUCUACAAGAAUCUUUAGAUUCAAACCAGUUUAUGUUUUGUGUUAUGUUUUUCCUCGAAUCAUAUAGUUCUGGAUGAAUUUCCUUUCAACGUGUAUUGUGUUUGCUCAAAUUGCAACCCCUUAAUUACACGAAACUGAUGAUUUCAUCGUCUGUUAUGGUAAUUAUAGUUUUUUUUUUCAGUCUAAUUAAUAUAACUGGAACAUUCUAUUGGUGAACUAUUAAAUGUUUGAAUUGUAUUUUUUUUUUGGUGCUUGCAUAAUAGACCUAACAAAAUUUGAGACCAACAUGGGAGGAUGAAAGGGUAGAUGAUUCCCAUUAGUUCAAUUUCUUUUGUAAUUCAACUUCAAGUAAAUUAUAACUUAAAAGUGAUCAUGCAUUUUCUUUUGAAUGAUCCACCAUGCAUGUUUACUGUUACUAUACACUACUUAGUACUAACUACUAACUGGUUCUUUUUGGCGGAGCGGGUAAAGACAGUCUGAGUAUUCUAUUUAAACUUCUUUCUUUUUUUUUUGCUGAUUCCUUAACAUCAUGCAUUGAAUCUCUCUGCAAUAUUCUUCUGAGCUGAGCGCCUAGUCAGCUCUUCAACAGGAUCAUCAUUGUCAGAGUGAGACCAAACACAAGCUCCUGCUAUCAGAUAUGAAACUUCGGUGUGGACAUUCUAUCAGAUAUGAAACUUCUUCUGUCUAAAUGACCACGACUGAUGUCUUUGAUAUUGAACGAUCAUCCCAUUUGUCUCUAUGUUUGCCGAGAUACGUAGUUCAAUAAAGUAAAAACAAAAGAACCCAUUUAACAGAGAUGUCAUAGAACCGUGAUAAUUGGGAAAGCUUUAUGAAAAAUUGAACUAUUUUUUUCAUGAAGUGAUAUUGUGGGAGGAGCCAGAAAUGCCUUUGAUGCCUCAUCAUGUUAACCCAUUCUCAUGAUAUCUUCAAGCAGGAAUUUAGCAAGAUCCACCUCUUUUCGGCUUUCCCCAAAUUUGAGGUUUCUUUUUCCAUCUGCAGAACAUUAAACCUUAGUUAGCAUUAACCCAAACCACAGUUGAAAAACCCACAAAAGAACAAACCUUUUGUAUCUGAAGAUCUUUUGUCCUGACCUUCAUUACACGAUCUCAGUUUGAUGCAGGGUCAAAUUUUAUACGCUAUGUCAAUCCAUCUGUGAAUAUACAUCAAUAGUGAAGCAAUUAACACAAUCAGUAAAAAUAUAUAAUGGUCCCUUAACACCCUUGUCGUUGAGCAUUGCAGUCUCUAUAACUGCUUGCUGCUGUUCAAUCCUUCGAGAAUACCCCUAACAGCUUAACCACCUUGGAGAGUUUAUCAUUGUAGUUAUGAAUAUCAGAGACCCAUCGUUUUGCAUGAUUGCAUCAUGACUAUCUGCAGGAAUCUUAUGAUUCAUAUACAUAGUGUGAAUGUUGACUCAAAUCACGUACAUGCAAGCUGGGCCUUGGUCAAUGGGCCUGUAAGGAAAAUGGAGAUUAUGUUUAUACACAUAUGAAACCCAUCACGUUUUGUCAUUAAACGUGAAGUACACAAGAUUAUGACAGAGAUGCUUAGUAUAAAUAGAACCUUACCCUAAGCAUUAAUACCCUAACAGUAAUCUCUUGUAUCAAAAAAGUGUAAGACCAUGUCCAUUGCAGGGUUCUGAUCCAGUAUCCAAACAAAAAAUUAAUAUUAAAAAAUAAAAAAAAAAGAGGAAAGAGAGAAAGACAGAUCCUAAACAAGUCCUUUUUAACACCGGUUAUAAACCUUAAUUCAUCACGUGUUUCUUUUCUAGUGGCCUUAAUUUCUAUUUUGAAUUAAAAGUUAUUUAUUUCUUACAUAUGCAACGAAAAAGUGAUAAAUUUAUGAUCUAGAACCUGCAAAUGGAUAUCUUACCGAUGGGGCUGCUCUAAGAGAGACAUUCUCAAAGCUUGUACUUUUCUCAGUUUAUAGUGAAGCUUGAGGAACAAGAAUUCCCUCUCCAGAAGUAACGGUUAGAGGCCGUGAACUAGGUCAAAAGUGUUUGUGUCUUUUACAGUUUAUGCUUACUCUAAAUCGGCUCCUAUGCAAUACUGCUUAUAGAAUUAUUAUACAUUUCUUGAUUCUGAAGUGAGUGGAGAAAUUUGAGCUCUUGUACUUAGAAGGUUGGGAUAUACCGUCAUCAAGCUUUUCACACUUGGACAGCUACGGUGAAAGUAACGUUUUGACAAAGUUCUAUUUUGAAAUAUAUAUAUUUGACAUUUUUUCACCCGUUGCUAAAAGCUCAAAAAAAGGUUUAGGAACUUUUGCAGUAUCGUAUUAUUAAAUACUUUUGCAAAUAUGUUAAAUUUUCUUUUUAUGUCAAAUUAUCUAUAGAAACAUACAUAAUUGAGAAUUUAAGUGUCUCUCUCUUUCAUAUUACAGAUUUAUUUUAGGGAAGAUUACUAAAAUAACAUCAAAUCAUGUUAUUAUUACUAGAAUAACAUACAAUUAUUUUUAAUUACUAGAUUGUUUUCUAUACCUAAAAUACCCUUAUUUUUUUUGUUAACAAAAAAAUAUUUACAGAAAAUGCCACUCGCCACGUCACCAAAAAAAAAAUAUUUUUGAAACAUGUAAAUAAGUUUACCGUAAAAAAUCUACAAUAUUUGAUGGCAGAUUUAUUAAUCUCUGGCAGAUUUAUUUCUUCUCGCAGGUUUAUUGCGGUAGACUUUAUAUCAUAGCAAACCUUUAGAAAAAAGUCUAGCACACAUAAUGGCAGAUUUAAUUACGUUCGCAGAUUUGUUUUUUGUUGGCGAACUUUUUUUAGAAGAUUUUUGCCUUAUGAUAGCAAAUUUAUAAUAUGUCAUAGACUUUUAUACUUGCAUGCAGAUUUUUUCGUAGAUUUUUUAUAGUUUGGCAUAUUUUCCGUUCCUAUGAUAGCAUACUUAAAUUUUUUUGUUUAUAAACAACAAACUUUCCGAAUAAGUAUGCUUCGUUGCAGACUUAUAAAUUAUUAACGAAACUAACUUCUAUGUUACAGCAGGUUUUAAUAUACGUCAGGAUAGAUUUUUUUUCAUUCUGGUUCGAUUAACUAUUUAGAGCUAAUUAGAAUUCUGGUUUAUUCUAAUUGAACCAAAAAUUCGACCACUAACCGCUACCUGUUACUAGAACUUAGUUUCAGCCGUAAAACUUCUUCUUCUCCAAGUCACAAUUUUCUCUUUUUACAAGUGGCUAUUUCUUAAGAUUUCCCAUCUUUCUAAUAUGAAACAUAACUGUGCAAAGACACUAAACGUUACAUUAAUUCAGAAAGAACUAAAAAAAUAAAUUAGCCAAUGUAUCAAGCCGAAUCCAUAUAGUCUCACUCAUGUAGUUUGAAUUUUGUUCAAGUCAGACGAUGUUCUGCUUAGUCUGCAUUGGGUUUAAGAGUUUACUUUAGCACCACGUUAGUACUCAUAGUUACUCUUUUAAGAGGAGAUGAAAACAUACAAGAGUACUUUUACUGAAAUGUAAGUAUAAGAGUGUUGUUGAGGUAUUGAUCACACGAGACAAAGAGUGCUGCAGAAGAAAAAUGGGCUCUUUUGGCGCAACAAAAAAAAGACAUUUGUGUUGUGUUUCUUUUUUUAGAACAAUGGAUCAGGAUGAUUUUUUACAAAAUUUGGCUUGCAGCUUUCUUCUUCUUGGUCAUGUAACAAAAACAAAUCUCUAUAUACUUUUGUAAACACAUACACACUUCACUCUUGGGAUUCUCCAGGUGGCUCGCUAUUUUCUU